AUGGAUCCCUCAGAGUAUUCACCAUCUUCCAGUAUCGUCCCAAGCGACGGAAGCGGAACAGCGGAAGAUGCAGCGCCGGCGCCGCCCGUGCCAGGCGAUGUGGUAGAGCCAAACGAGAAAAACUGCGCUGCUUCGUCUAAAUAUGUGGAAGCUCUUCUGUACGUCGACUUGUCACUUUCAUCUUCAGUGGAGCUUUUAUCCAGGCUUGCUCCGAUGAUGGUGCAGCUUCAACAAGGAGCUGCGGAGGACCGACUUCCCCCUGGAAAGGGGGAACCGACUCACUCUGCAGCUGACUCACCGAAUUUUCCCCCGAAACCGUCCAUCAACCUUCGACUAGGAUAUCACCUCUUCAGCAUGGGCGAGGAUCCUGAAAACACCCGGUUUUGCCUCGGCGAUGGUCGUUACUGUUCCUUUCCGGUGGAUGAGCCGCCUCAGGUUGCAGAUCUUGUCAGUGGACGAGCCGUUGUAGAGGAGACUUUGCUUCAGCUGUGCGUGGCCGAGUACGCAGCUAGUGGCGACGAAAGCAAUGGAUCGGGACCAACAAACUCAUCCGGCGAAUCAAGCACAGGUUCUCAGCAGCAUUUGGACCAGUAUUUCUGGUCUUACCUCGACUCGUGGUGCCGAGACUGCUCAGGCGGCGACUUGAGAGCGGCAGCGAAGAGGGCGAACCCCGCGAGCGGAACAGAAGAGGAAGGGCAUGCUACAAAGGUGUCUGACAAGGAAUCCAUCGAUGCUAGAAGUGCUGAAUUGUUCUUGCCUUUUGAUAGCAAAUGCAGUCUGAAGAAACUGAGGGAUUUGGGAAUCUCUGUGGAGAAGAUCGGAACGGAGUGCAAAGCUGGCGAUAACGCAGAAAAUCUCCUUCAACGUCAGAUCGACCUGCACUUAUCACGCGUACCUGUGUUCUUCAUCAACGGCAAAGAAGAUGCGCCGUCCAUUAUGAACAGGAGCGGAGAACGAGGCGCUGGUGGCGACGAUGAUGUUGCCGUUGCGGCCCAUCUUUUAAAAACGUACGGGAGGACUCCAGGUGACCCUGCAGCUGCGUCAGCCUCUGGGGGAGGCGGAGGAGCUAUCGCUGUGAAUGAUAAAGGCGUUUACAGAAUGAAGAAUGUCUCAGCCAUUCAGCGCCUUCACGAAAGGUUGGACGCACACAGAGUAGAAGAGAUUGAUGCUGCAACAGCUGCAAUCCUUUUUGAGCAAGAGAAAACCGCCCAUCGGGACAAAGAACAAGCACGCGAACCGGUUCGUUCAAUUGGAGCGCCCCUACACGCACUGCCCAUGCACACGCCCUCCACUUCUGGUGCACCAUCUCGUGCUGUCAGUGUACAAGAAGGCGCCACAGCAGACCGAGGGGGGCCCGCCAGCAGCUCCGGCAGGGCUGCACAUCAGAGAGUGCCUAUUCCAAAUGAAGGCCAGCCUGAAUGUGACUGGCUUCUCUACGCCGGUUGCGGAGCUUUAUUGUUGGUGGGUAUUCUCUGUGUUAUCCUCUGCAAGUCUUUCAUCUUGGGGAGCAAGCAUACCUCAGCACAACACGUGGCCCGGAACAGCGCGCCGACACCCCCCGCGGUGCGCGAGACCUUCGCGUCUGACUGGCGUGAAAAGAAGAAGAUGUGA